CGCCGGCACAGCGCGGGACGGAGGAGCGGCGGCCCCGCGGUGGAUGCGGGAGCAGCGCCGGCUCAGGAAUGCAGCAGCCGGGCGGCGCGGACGGGAGCCUCCCGCUGCUGCUGCCGCUGCUGCUGCUGCUGCGAGCGGGGAGCCGCGCCGAGCCCGGGGACGCCACGCAAGGAGUGAAUUCCUCGCUUGUUGCUGAUUUCAUGCCCACGUCGUCAUGGAACAUCUCAAGUGAAUUAGAUAAAGAUUAUUUCCUGACGCUGGACGAACCCAUGAACAACAUCACCACCACCCUGGGCCAGACUGCAGAGCUGCACUGCAAGGUGUCUGGGAACCCCCCUCCCACAGUCCGGUGGCUGAAGAACGACGCUCCCGUGGUGCAGGAGCCCCGCAGGAUCUCCUUCCGAGCCACCCCCUACGGCUCCCGCCUGCGCAUCCGCAACCUGGACACCACCGACACCGGCUACUUCCAGUGCGUGGCCACCAACGGCAGGAGGACCGUGUCCACCACCGGCGUGCUCUUUGUCAAGUUCGGUCCCCCGCCAACAGCAAGCCCAGGAUCCUCGGAUGAGUAUGAGGAGGAUGGGUUUUGCCAGCCCUACAGGGGCAUCGCCUGCGCCCGCUUCAUUGGCAACAGAACCAUCUACAUGGAGUCCCUGCACAUGCAGGGGGAAAUAGAAAAUCAGAUUACAGCCGCCUUCACCAUGAUCGGCACCUCCAGCCACCUGUCGGAUAAGUGCUCCCAGUUUGCCAUCCCCUCGCUGUGCCACUACGCCUUCCCCUACUGCGACGAGACCUCCUCCGCUCCCAAACCGCGGGACCUGUGCCGGGAUGAGUGUGAGAUCCUGGAGAACGUCCUGUGCCAGACCGAGUACAUCUUUGCCAGGUCCAACCCCAUGAUCCUGAUGAGGCUCAAGCUGCCCAACUGCGAGGAUCUGCCCCAGCCCGACAGCCCCGAGGCUGUCAACUGCAUCCGCAUCGGCAUUCCCAUGGCCGACCCCAUCAACAAAAAUCACAGGUGCUACAACAGCACGGGUGUGGAUUACCGGGGCACGGUGAGCGUGACGCGCUCGGGGCGGCAGUGCCAGCCCUGGAACUCGCAGUACCCCCACACCCACACCUUCACUGCUGCCAGGUACCCCGAGCUCAACGGGGGCCACUCCUACUGCAGGAACCCUGGCAACCAGAAGGAUGCCCCGUGGUGCUUCACCUUGGAUGAGAACUUCAAGUCGGAGCUCUGCGAUGUCCCGGCCUGCGAUUACAAGGAUUCCAAGGAAAAGAAUAAAAUGGAAAUCCUGUACAUCCUGGUGCCAAGUGUCACCAUUCCCCUGGCCAUAGCCUUGCUGUUCUUCUUCAUCUGCAUCUGUCGGAACAACCAGAAAUCCUCGUCCCCUCCAGUGCAGAGGCAGCCCAAACACGUCCGGGGGCAGAACGUGGAGAUGUCCAUGCUCAACGCCUACAAACCAAAGAGCAAAGCCAAGGAGCUGCCGCUCUCCGCCGUUCGCUUCAUGGAGGAGCUGGGGGAGUGCGCUUUUGGCAAGAUCUACAAGGGCCACCUCUACCUGCCGGGCAUGGACCACGCCCAGCUCGUGGCCAUCAAGACCCUCAAGGACUUCAACAACCCUCAGCAGUGGGCGGAAUUCCAGCAGGAAGCGUCCCUGAUGGCCGAGCUGCACCACCCCAACAUCGUGUGCCUGCUGGGCGUGGUGACGCAGGAGCAGCCCGUGUGCCUCCUGUUCGAGUACACCAACCAGGGCGACCUGCACGAGUUCCUGGUCAUGCGCUCGCCCCACUCCGACGUGGGCUGCAGCAGCGACGAGGACGGCACGGUCAAGUCCAGCCUGGACCACGGCGACUUCCUGCACAUCGCCGUGCAGAUCGCCGCCGGCAUGGAGUACCUGGCCGGGCACCUCUUCGUCCACAAGGACCUGGCCGCCCGCAACAUCCUGAUCGGGGAGCAGCUCCACGUGAAGAUCUCCGACCUGGGGCUCUCCAGGGAGAUCUACUCGGCCGAUUAUUACAGGGUGCAGAACAAGUCCCUGCUGCCCAUCCGCUGGAUGCCCCCCGAGGCCAUCAUGUACGGCAAGUUCUCCUCCGACUCCGACAUUUGGUCCUUCGGGGUGGUUUUGUGGGAAAUAUUCAGCUUCGGCCUUCAGCCCUAUUACGGAUUCAGCAACCAGGAGGUCAUCGAGAUGAUCCGCAAGCGCCAGCUGCUGCCGUGCUCCGAGGACUGUCCCCCCAGGAUGUACAGCCUGAUGACGGAGUGCUGGCACGACCUGCCCUCCCGCCGGCCGCGCUUCAAGGAGAUCCACGCGCGCCUGCGCUCCUGGGAGGGCCUCUCCAGCCACACCAGCUCCACCACCCCCUCGGGCGGCAACGCCACCACCCAGACCACCUCCCUGAGCGCCAGCCCCGUCAGCAACCUCAGCAACCCCAGGUACCCCAACUACAUGUUCCCGGCGCAGGCCAUCCCCCAGGGCCAGCUGGCGGGCUUCAUGGGGCCGCCCCUGGCGCAGAACCAGCGCUACAUCCCCAUCAACGGGUACCCCAUCCCGCCGGGCUACGCCGCCUUCCCCGCGCCCCACUACCCCCCGCAGGCUCCCCCCAGGGUGAUCCAGCACUGCCCCCCUCCCAAGAGCCGCUCGCCCAGCAGCGCCAGCGGCUCCACCAGCACGGGCCACGUCACCAGCCUGCCGUCGUCGGGCUCCAACCAGGAAGCCAACAUUCCCUUGCUAUCCCACAUGGCCAUUCCCAGCCACCCGGCGGGGAUGGGGAUGGCGGUGUUCGGCAAUAAAACUCAGAAACCCUACAAAAUGGACUCCAAGCAGCCUUCCCUGCUGGGGGACUCCAGCGUGCACGGACCCAACGACUCGGUGAUUUCGGCGGAGUUGUAAAUACGCGAGGCCUUUGUACAUAGACCCCUGCAGACGCAGACUCGGAAGGGGGAGGAGAGAUGGGGGUUUUUUUUCCUAGUCAGAUAUUUUAUUGAAGGUCCUUUUCUGGUUGUUGGACAGGCAUCGCAGCAAAGUGUCUUCUGUGAAGUUUCACUGCUCGCCAGGAUGGGCAGGCACAACCAGGGGGAGCCUCGUGGUGGGAAUCCUCAGCCUUGGCCACGAUUCCCCAGGUGCCACCGACAAUUCAAAGAGGGGCAGAGGGAAUCCGAGGGGGUUUUUUUAAAAUAAAAACGUUUUAUCCGAUGCUUUUUCACAGCUUUCUGAAGCUCCGGCGUGGUUUGAAUCACAGGAACUUUUUUUUAAUGCUGAAAACCGUAUUUUAAUAUUUGUCUCUUUUUUUAGGAGAUGCAAAGAUUCGGAGAUCUGGGUGUGCAAUUUCAGUGCCAAUAGGGAAAAUAUUUGUAAAUGUUGCAGUCGAGGAUUGUGUUUCAAAUGUGUGAUCUGAGGGCUGAGUCAAUUACUUCAGGUGGGAUUUUGGUCUUUGGCUUGGUUGGGAGUCUGAGCUCAGAUUCGUACCAAAAAAUGUCAUUUAUGUGACAGCACAAAUGCUGGAGUUAUCAGCUUGCAGUCUACAAACCUCAUCUGCUGCUGGCUGCUGAGGACAGCUGGAGCUCUUAAGGAAUUGCCUUAAAGGAAAUGAAAUUAAAGGGCUUUAAUUUCAGAACCUGAAUCGACUUCUUCAAAGAUAACGUUUCAUGAUCUGGUCGCUCAAGCAGGAAUUUUUUUAUCCUUUUGUUGCUAUGCAACUGUGUAACGGAAAAGCGCCAAACCACAAUUUUAGAGAUGACAAUCAGCUUUCCCAGGAAUAUUUAUUGUGUCAUUUCAGUGACUCUGACUCCAGUAACCCUGGAAAAAGGGAGGCUCACAUUCCAUCAGGCAGCAAAUCCAUCGAUAGCAAUUGUGUCUAAUAAUGUGAAUUAGUGCUGAUUUUCCACUUAGAAAUGCACCAUUUGUGUCAUUAAAAAACCCAUUCAGGUAGAAGCAAUCGAGAUUCUUCAUUUGAAACCACUUUAAUGAGUUACACACGUGCUGUGUGCGGUACAUUUUCCACAGACUCUUUUUUUUUGUACUGAAUAAUAUUUUUAUUGUCCACAAAAACAAUCUUUUUGCUCAGUUGACAAUGUUGUAUAAUAGGACUUUAUUUUUAUCUUUUUUUGCACAAAAGUGUGAUGAUGUUUUUGUACAGCAGAAGUGAAAAUACAUCUCUGCAUUUUAUAUCUUGGGGCUGUUUCUUUUGAUUUUUACCCUGAUGUAGAUGUUCCUGAAAUAUAUUAUGGUGAUACUCAGCCACUACCUUAUCCAAAUAUCUUUCUUUGUUUUCACUGCAUGCGUUUAAUCACUGUAUUACUUGAUGAUUGAGUUAUUAAUUACGGGCAUUUCAAUUAGGCAAGCAUGAAAAAAGAAAUGUAAUAACAAAGGCUAUUUUAUAACUGAGAUAUGUGCAUUUUUGUAUUUCACGUGCCAGAGAUGAUAUUAAACACUGAUUAUUUUAUGCUGCUGUUUAUUAAAACAUUGUUUUACCACGAACACGUCGGCAUUUCCUCCAUCCUGAAGGACCUGGAAGGAUCCACGGCUCCCCGUGCCCAGGGAAGCUGAGCUGCUAUCAGCCAAGCAUCCUUGGCUUUAAUCGGGAAUUGGGAAUAACCAAAUCCUUCAGGAGCAGUGGUGGGAUCAUAAAAUGAUCCCUCACCCACUUUGUGGCUUUACGUUCAAACCGCUCCCGGCUCAGUUCGAGGUUUCUCCUUUAUUUCCAAGCUGGGUCCUUGAGGCUGGAGUAUUUUUAGGCACGAAGCAGCUCUGAACAGCACACCUGGAAAGCCUUGGGAAGACCUCUCCCUGCCCUCCCUCCCUCUCAACUGGGGAAAUCUGGGAAUUCUGAGGCUGAAGUCACAGUCUGGCUCUGAGCUGAUGCAGAGGGAGGUGACACAGGGAGGCAGGAGCUCCUCGGGGAGAGAGGAGAGGGGAAAACCUAAAGGAGCUGGUGAGGUCAUGUGGAAAGGAAAAGCUGCCAGAAAUGGAGGGGUCGCUCCUCAGGUGGGAAUGCAGACACGGGAUGAAAGCUGGCUUUGUGGCAAACACGGGGAGAGGGAACGUUCCAGCUGCUAAAUCAUCAUCCCUUCCUUCUUCAAGGAGAGAGCACAGCCAGGGCUGUUGGAAAUGCGGCAGUCUUGGCUGCAUGGAGCAGCUCUGGAGGAUUGGGAAUAAAACUCGGGAUAAAAGGUGUUUACUGAGCCUUCAGUCUGGACAAUCUCAUCCCCUCCAGGCUGGUUGUGUGGCUGUGGAAGAGGAUAAAUAUUUGCUGAUGUAAAGACCACUGAGGCAGAGCCUGAAUCGGGGAUUUGGAUCCUUUGUAUCCACAGAGGAGUGACUGGGCUGGAAUUCUGCAUUCCCCGAGUUGAGAGGAAAAGCCCAGAGCUGCCUGUGCAGAAAUGAGGGCUGGAAAGCUCAGAACUCACCAGGACUGGUGUUUAUUCAGGGAUAAGGUCAGGAGGGAACCCGUACCUUGCUUUGCAGGAACGAGGAUUUGCAGGAAAGCUGGGAAAUCCUCGAUCCCAUUUCCUUGUCCUGUGGUCUGCAUUCACCAGGAGAGCCCCCCAAGCUCCAGCCUGCCAGGAGAGCACUCCAAGCACAAACUCCUGCUGGAUCCAAGGCUCUGCAGUGUGGGCUGACCUCCCACAUCCACUGGCUCUCCUUCCUGCGCGUUCAGCAGGAG